GAGAGAAAGUAAAUAAGAAAAAUUGGGACGAAACAUUUGUUGCUCUCUUUCUCUCUUUGAGUUUGAAGAAAGAGAAAGGAAGAAGAAGAAGAAAUGUUGGUCGAUAAUAAUGUGUUAGCCCUAAUGACACAUGGAUUUUUACAUGAGACAGAACCAAUCGGAACCAUAAAAUGGUAUACAUACAUUGGUAUAUCAUGUUUACUUGUUUUCUUUGCAGGUAUUAUGUCUGGUCUUACUCUUGGAUUAAUGUCAUUAGGCCUUGUUGAUCUUCAAAUCUUACAAUCAAGUGGUACUCCUUCCGAAAAGAAACAAGCAGCUGCUAUUCUUCCGGUUGUUCAGAAACAACAUCAACUUCUCGUGACUUUGCUUCUUUGUAAUGCCUGUGCCAUGGAAGCCCUUCCUUUGUACUUGGACAGGGUUUUCAAUCCAUUCCUAGCCAUUGUGCUAUCUGUAACCUUCGUUCUAGCAUUCGGAGAGGUUAUUCCUCAAGCAAUAUGUACAAGAUAUGGACUAGCCGUUGGGGCAAAUUUUGUGUGGCUUGUCCGUAUUUUGAUGAUAGUUUGCUAUCCGAUUGCGUAUCCCAUUGGGAAGAUUCUAGAUUUGGUGCUAGGACACAAUAAUGAAGGACUAUUUCGGCGAGCUCAGUUGAAAGCACUUGUAUCCAUACACAGCAAAGAGGCUGGUAAAGGAGGCGAACUCACGCACGAUGAGACAACAAUUAUAAGCGGUGCACUGGAUUUAACUGAAAAGACGGCAGAAGAGGCUAUGACUCCAAUCGAGUCAACAUUUUCGUUAGAUGUAGACUCGAAAUUGAACUGGGAAGCAAUUGGCAAAAUUCUUGCACGCGGGCACAGUCGAGUACCUGUCUAUUCUGGAAAUCCGAAAAACAUUAUAGGACUUUUACUGGUGAAAAGUCUUCUGACAGUACGCCCUGAAGAAGAAACACCAGUAAGUGCUGUUUCCAUUCGGAGAAUUCCAAGGGUUCCUGCAGACAUGCCUUUAUAUGACAUUCUGAACGAAUUUCAGAAUGGAAGUAGUCAUAUGGCAGCUGUGGUGAAGCCUAAAUGGAAACGAACGAAUCCUCCACCCAGUACUGAUGGAGCAAAACCUGAAGAAACCAAGGCGGUUUUAACGGAAUCGAGGUCGACAACUACAUUAAUUUCAAAAAACGAGGUUUACUCAGAAACUGUUGCUAUUGACAUUGAAAAAGUUCCGAAACCAAUCAAAGUAAACAGACAAAUCUCCUUUAAAAAAGAUCCGGCAUCCGUUUUCUCAGAAGAUGUUGAAGAUGGAGAAGUCAUUGGCAUUAUAACCCUUGAGGAUGUUUUCGAAGAACUUUUGCAAGAGGAAAUUGUAGACGAGACUGACGAGUUUGUCGAUGUACAUAAAAGGAUACGUGUUGUUGCGGCUGCUGCAUCAAUCGCAAGAACUCCAUCAUUUAGAAGAUUUGUUGGUCACAAGGGAGCUGGAAGCACAAAUAGGCUAGGGCUAACGCCAAAGGCAAGCAAUUCAUGUAUGACAAAACCAGAUAAUCUCGAAGAGCCGCUACUAGCAAGAAUCAGUUAAGAACGUAUUGAGUUUGAACCAGAGUAUUCCCCAUUCAUACCGUUUCCCAUCUCAUCUCAAAACUGAAGCAAACGCCACAGUUGUCUUAUACCCAUGUUACACUACUGUGACAUUGGGUAUUAAAGAAAACCCACUGUGUCUUAUUAUAAUAAUAUAGUGAACAAAACAACAGCUGAGCUUCCACUUUAUUCCAACUAUCAGGCAAUGGUUCUCUCUUAAGUUUACGCAUAACCCCUUGAUUUUUCUUUUCAACAAUCAACUACGGACAUACUAGAAAACUGAUAAUGACCCAACUCUGAAGGAUCAGUAAUAAACAGAUUUUCAUUCUCCAUACCUGCAAAUGGAGGUCUAAAGGA